ACGGCUUGCGCUGCUGUGCCUGUGCGUCCCCCCGUACGCCCGAGAGGCGGAAGCCAAGCCCCCUCCUCGUCGUCGCGUUGCUCGUGCUCCUAUAACUACUCCCCCCUCCGCUCCGCGUCCAUCCACCCCUCGCUUCUCGCCCUAUCCUGUUCGCCCCGCCCCCCUCCUCUCCACACGAUCCCCUCCGUUGUCGGCUUCCGCGGCCGCGGGAGGGGCCGCGGCCACCACAUCCACCGCCUCCCGCUCCCGCUAUAUCACACCGCCGCGCCCGACGCGUGGUGUGCGUUCGCCGAUCGGUUUUUAGUUUAGGCGGAGGAGGCGCUACGUAGCGUUGUGCGGGCGGGGACGCGCCGCCGGACCGGAUCGCGCUCCGCGUCGCCGCCCAGAGUCAAGGGCCAGGGCCAGGGCGGCGAGGGCCAUGGCCACGCUCCCGCGCGCGGCGCCCACCACGGCCGCCGCGCUCCUCCCGCUGCCCCGCGCCGCGCCGACGCUGCUCCUCGCGGGGAGGGCCGCCGCCGCGCGGCGCUCCAGGCUGCGGGCGCGGGGCGCGCCCGCGGCGGCCAGGCCGAGCUGGGGCGUCGCCUCCUCCGCGCGCGCCGUGCUCGGCGGCGUCGCCCGACAGGAGGCUCCGCCCGCGCCGCAGAAGCCCACGCAGCAGGCUGCAGAUUUGAAUGAUAUCUUAUCUGAACGUGGAGCUUGUGGUGUUGGGUUCGUUGCAAACUUGAAAAAUGUCCCUUCGUUCAACAUUGUUCGCGAUGCACUUACAGCUCUUGGGUGCAUGGAGCACCGUGGUGGUUGUGGAGCAGACAAUGACUCUGGCGAUGGGGCAGGAUUGAUGAGUGCCAUUCCAUGGGACCUGUUUGAUGACUGGGCCAACAAGCAAGGACUUGCUCCUUUUGACAGAAAAAAUACUGGUGUAGGCAUGGUCUUCCUUCCACAAGAUGAGAAGUCCAUGGAAGAAGCCAAAGCUGCAACUGAAAAGGUUUUCACGGAUGAAGGCCUUGAGGUUCUUGGCUGGAGACCUGUUCCUUUUAAUGUAUCUGUGGUAGGCCGUUAUGCAAAAGAAACCAUGCCUAAUAUACAACAAAUAUUUGUGAAAGUUGCAAAGGAAGAUAAUCCUGAUGACAUAGAGAGAGAACUAUACAUAUGCCGGAAGCUGAUAGAGCGGGCUUCAAAAUCUUCCAGCUGGGCAGAUGAGCUUUAUUUCUGCUCUUUGUCAUGCAGAACAAUUGUCUACAAAGGAAUGCUUCGAUCUGAGGUUCUUGAGCAAUUCUAUUUGGACCUUCAGAAUGAACUGUAUAAAUCUCCUUUCGCCAUUUAUCAUCGAAGAUACAGUACAAAUACAAGUCCUAGAUGGCCUCUUGCUCAACCUAUGAGGUUACUUGGACACAACGGAGAGAUUAACACAAUACAGGGAAACUUGAACUGGAUGCGAUCAAGAGAAGCGACACUACAGUCUCCUGUAUGGCGAGGCCGUGAGCAUGAAAUUCGCCCAUUUGGUGACCCUAAAGCAUCUGAUUCAGCUAACCUUGACAGUACUGCUGAAUUACUGCUAAGAAGUGGUAGAAGUCCUGCUGAAGCUCUUAUGAUUCUCGUCCCUGAGGCAUACAAGAACCAUCCAACAUUAUCGAUAAAAUACCCUGAGGUAAUUGACUUUUAUGACUACUACAAAGGACAAAUGGAGGCUUGGGAUGGACCUGCUCUACUCCUGUUUAGUGAUGGAAGGACAGUAGGAGCAACUCUUGAUAGGAAUGGCCUCCGUCCAGCACGCUAUUGGAGAACAUCAGAUGACUUUGUUUAUGUUGCAUCUGAGGUUGGUGUUAUACCGAUGGACGAGUCGAAGGUAGUAAUGAAAGGAAGAUUAGGCCCUGGAAUGAUGAUUACUGUUGAUCUACAGACUGGGCAGGUUCUUGAAAACACAGAAGUGAAGAAAAGUGUAGCUUCAGCAAAUCCCUAUGGAACUUGGUUGCAAGAACGCACACGCUCAAUAAAGCCUGUCAACUUCCUCCCAUCAACAGUCAUGGACAAUGAGUCUGUUUUGAGACAUCAACAGGCAUUUGGCUAUUCAAGUGAAGAUGUGCAACUGGUGAUUGAAUCUAUGGCUUCACAAGGAAAGGAACCAACAUUUUGUAUGGGCGAUGACAUUCCAUUAGCUGUAUUGUCACAAAAGCCCCACAUGUUAUAUGAUUAUUUCAAGCAGCGGUUUGCACAGGUUACAAAUCCUGCAAUUGAUCCAUUAAGAGAAGGCUUAGUUAUGUCUCUUGAAGUUAAUAUUGGUAAAAGAGGCAACAUCUUGGAGGUUGGCCCUGAAAAUGCUGACCAGGUUGCCCUAUCAAGCCCUGUGCUGAAUGAAGGUGAACUAGAAACACUUCUGAAAGACCCAAAACUGAAGCCCAAAGUACUCUCAACGUACUUCGAUAUUCGUAAAGGUCUAGAUGGCUCCCUUGAUAGUACAAUCAAGGCUCUUUGUGAAGAAGCUGAUGCUGCUGUGCGGAGUGGUUGUCAACUUCUUGUGCUUUCUGAUCGUUCUGAAGCACCUGAACCAACUCGGCCUGCUAUACCAAUACUUCUAGCUGUUGGUGCCAUCCACCAGCAUUUGAUUCAGAAUGGCCUUCGGAUGUCUGCUUCUAUUGUUGCUGAUACUGCUCAGUGUUUCAGCACACAUCACUUCGCAUGUCUGAUCGGAUAUGGCGCCAGUGCUGUCUGUCCUUAUCUGGCACUAGAAACAUGCCGGCAAUGGAGGCUGAGCAACAAAACUGUUAAUUUGAUGCGGAAUGGGAAGAUGCCCACGGUGACUAUUGAGCAGGCUCAAAGAAACUUUAUCAAGGCUGUAAAAUCUGGCCUGCUCAAGAUACUUUCAAAAAUGGGUAUCUCACUGCUCUCAAGCUAUUGUGGAGCUCAGAUUUUUGAAAUUUAUGGUCUUGGUCAAGAAGUCGUUGAUCUUGCCUUCUGUGGAAGUGUAUCCAAAAUUGGAGGGCUCACACUUGAUGAGCUGGGUAGAGAAACCUUAUCAUUCUGGGUGAAGGCAUUCUCAGAAGAUACGGCGAAGAGACUAGAAAACUUUGGAUUCAUCCAAUCCAGACCUGGAGGGGAAUACCAUGCAAAUAAUCCUGAGAUGUCAAAGCUGCUGCACAAAGCAAUUCGUGAAAAACGUGAUAAUGCGUACACUGUCUAUCAACAACACCUUGCAAGCCGUCCUGUCAAUGUUCUUCGAGAUCUUCUUGAGUUGAAGAGUGAUCGUGCACCUAUUCCUAUUGGCAAAGUUGAGCCUGCAACCUCCAUUGUUGAACAUUUUUGUACAGGUGGAAUGUCCCUAGGAGCCAUUUCAAGAGAAACACAUGAAGCUAUUGCUAUUGCCAUGAAUAGAAUAGGCGGCAAAUCUAACUCAGGGGAAGGUGGUGAGGACCCAAUCCGUUGGAAUCCUCUCACAGAUGUGGUAGAUGGGUAUUCUCCAACACUUCCCCAUCUUAAAGGUCUUCAGAAUGGUGACACCGCCACAAGUGCAAUCAAGCAGGUUGCAUCUGGGCGUUUUGGAGUUACACCUACAUUUUUAGUAAAUGCUGAGCAAAUUGAGAUAAAGAUCGCGCAAGGUGCGAAGCCUGGUGAAGGUGGUCAACUUCCUGGGAAAAAAGUCAGCGCAUACAUUGCUCGUCUAAGGAAUUCCAAACCUGGAGUUCCUCUUAUAUCCCCACCUCCACACCAUGACAUAUAUUCCAUUGAGGAUCUUGCACAGUUAAUUUAUGACCUCCAUCAGAUCAAUCCUAAAGCCAAGGUGUCUGUAAAGCUUGUAGCUGAAGCUGGGAUUGGAACUGUAGCUUCUGGAGUUUCAAAGGGAAAUGCAGAUGUAAUUCAGAUAUCAGGUCAUGAUGGUGGUACUGGAGCUAGCCCAAUCAGCUCAAUCAAACAUGCUGGGGGUCCAUGGGAACUUGGUCUUACAGAAACGAAUCAGACACUCAUACAAAAUGGAUUGAGAGAGAGGGUGGUACUUAGGGUGGAUGGUGGAUUCAGGAGUGGUCAAGAUGUUCUUAUGGCUGCUGCCAUGGGCGCUGAUGAAUAUGGUUUUGGUUCUGUAGCUAUGAUUGCUACUGGCUGUGUCAUGGCACGCAUUUGCCACACAAAUAAUUGCCCAGUUGGAGUUGCUAGUCAGGUAGUAGGAACACAAGUUAUUUUUGUCUUCCUCUUAUUGGACUACCUCUUAUAUUCCAUACCCUUGCAGAGAGAAGAGCUUCGUGCCAGGUUUCCUGGUGUCCCUGGUGAUCUUGUUAACUACUUCCUCUUUGUUGCAGAGGAGGUACGAGCCGCAUUAGCCCAGUUGGGUUAUGAGAAGCUGGAUGACAUCAUCGGGCGAACAGAUUUGCUUAAGCCAAAGCAUGUCUCUUUGGUGAAAACACAGCACAUUGAUCUUGGAUACCUCUUAUCUAAUGCUGGAUUGCCUGAAUGGAGCAGCUCUAAGAUUAGGAGCCAAGAAGUCCACACUAAUGGCCCUGUUCUUGACGAGAUGAUCCUUGCAGACCCUGAGAUAGCUGAUGCGAUUGAGAAUGAGAAAGAGGUUUCCAAGACAUUUCAAAUUUAUAAUGUUGAUAGAGCUGUAUGUGGGCGAGUGGCUGGUGUGAUUGCAAAGAAGUAUGGAGAUACAGGCUUUGCAGGACAGCUCAACAUCACGUUUAAUGGAAGUGCAGGACAGUCCUUUGGUUGUUUCCUGACUCCUGGGAUGAACGUCCGGCUAGUUGGAGAGGCCAAUGACUAUGUUGGAAAGGGCAUGGCUGGUGGAGAACUAGUGGUGGUUCCUGUAGAUAAAACAGGAUUUGUUCCAGAGGAGGCUACGAUAGUUGGAAACACUUGUUUGUAUGGAGCUACUGGCGGUCAAGUGUUUGUGAGAGGCAAAGCAGGAGAAAGAUUCGCAGUUAGGAACUCUCUAGGCCAAGCAGUAGUUGAGGGCACUGGAGAUCAUUGCUGCGAGUACAUGACCGGUGGCUGUGUAGUUGUACUUGGCAAGGUUGGGAGGAACGUUGCAGCUGGAAUGACUGGUGGCCUUGCCUACAUUCUCGAUGAGGAUGAUACACUUGUCCCAAAGGUUAACAAGGAAAUAGUCAAGAUGCAGAGAGUGAAUGCUCCAGCUGGGCAGAUGCAGCUGAAGAGCUUGAUUGAGGCUUAUGUUGAAAAAACGGGCAGUGAGAAAGGUGCCACAAUUUUGAGGGAAUGGGAGGCCUAUUUGCCUCUCUUCUGGCAACUGGUACCGCCCAGUGAAGAAGACUCGCCUGAGGCUUGUGUAGAGUUCGAGAGAGUGCUCGCCAGGCAAGCAACCACCCAACUGUCUGCGAAGUGAUCAAAUCAGACAACUGGUGGUUAUCUCUACAGUCUACACUCGUUGCAAAGUGAUCUUCCUCUGACUGCGUCGACAAAGACGUAACCACAUAUGUGAAGCACUGAAGUGCUGCCCCCAAAGACAGCAAUUUUGUGGAGGCUCGGACAAGGUCAUCUUUUGGAGUUGAGCUCGCAGAACCGUCGAGGGUUGUUUUCGACGCUCUUGUUGCACCCUAGGUAACCCCUGUAAAUUGGUUUGCUGACGCUAGGUUGCAAACGCCCUCUUUGAACUGCUGCAUUCCUGUACAUGAUUCUUGGCUCUCGUCCUGUGUAAAUUAUGUUUUGGUUAGCUCGUAAUUUUUUUCGCGUCCAAUGGAGGCAUGCAAGUCGCAUGCUCAAUAGUACAGUACAUAAUAAAUUGUACGGUCAAUUUGGAUUUCGAAUCUUGUUUCAUGAACGAACAGACUGGUGCUCGUGGCUUCA